AUGGAAGCCUCUCGCUUCUCCUCAGUUCGCGAUCAGAUUAUCACGAAGGCGAGAGCACAUCCCUAUGAACUAUCGACCCUCGAAAUCGUCGAGAAGAUGAAGAAAAUGAGAGAACUCAUCGAGUUGCACAAACCAAAGACCUACAAUACCUGCUUCACCAACGAAGAGCGACGAUGGCUGGCCGAGCUUCUUUGCUGGGAGUCCAUGUUUCCUGACUCCAAAACCAAAUUCCCAGGCAAGCGACCGCGCAACCCAGCUAAGCAGCUUCCCGUCAGCAUUGGCUAUGUGCCCCAGUGCGAGCAGUGCAUGCAAGAGGGACGAUCGGCCACGGAUGAGCAGUGUCCUUAUAUCCGCAUGGUCUCUUGUUCGCGAGAGGACCAUCCUGAUUAUAAGACGAGGCUGGAUAUGGAGAAUGGUGUUGAUCCGACAUGUCCGGCUUGUCAUAGUGAGCGAAUGGGGGAGUUGAAGGAUGGGUGGGUGUUUGUGUAG